AGGAUGAAGGAUUUUUGCUCUGCGGAAUCCUACCUCCCCAGUUACGAUUAAGAUAGUAGUCGUAUAUGGAUUUGGCCUAUUUCAUACAAUUUACAAAGCCCCUUUAAAAAGAAUUAUCGCUAAACUGUUCUGGAGUCCUUAUGAGUAGCAAGAACAACUAUUGCUUCUAUAAAAUGAUAAUUGAUCGUGUAAAUAUCAGAAUAUUUUUUUUUUUUUGCAGAAGGACGUUUAUAGGAAAAAGUAUCCCCAUAAAGAGUGAACUAAACACAUGGAACUUGUUCCAUUCAGUUGGAGGAUUUUAAAAAUGGAGAACAAAGGGCAGACUGAGGAAAUAGGGAAAAUUAUCUGCAGGGAAGUUUUGCCCUUGCUUUUUUCCUUUUUCAACCUUCUUUCCUUUACUUUUCGUCUCUCUUGGCCUUUUUUCUUUUAAACCAGGAGAUUGCUUAUGAUAUGCUUGUGGUCCUUCCCUGAGAUGAUUAUUUAUUUUCAUGUUUUACAAUCGAAUGUACACAUCCUAAGCAUUUUAUUGAAUUUGGGGUGGUUAAGCAUUGCCUGCAGACUUGGCUCAGUUGUCACAGGCGGUACUGAUGGAAUUGGAAAAUCAUAUGCAGAAGAGUUAGCAAAGCGUGGAAUGAAGGUUGUCCUUAUCAGCAGAUCACAGGAUAAACUUGACCAGGUUUCCAGUGAAAUAAAAGAAAAAUUCAAAGUGGAGACAAGAACCAUUGCUGUUGACUUUGCAUCAGAAGACAUUUAUGAUAAAAUUGAAACAGGCUUGGCUGGUCUUGAAAUCGGCAUCUUAGUGAACAACGUGGGAAUGUCAUAUGAGUAUCCUGAACACUUUUUGGACAUUCCUGACUUGGACAAUAUGAUCAAGAAAAUGAUAAAUGUUAAUAUUCUUUCUGUUUGUAAGAUGACACAAUUGGUGCUGCCUGGCAUGAUAGAAAGAUCUAAAGGGGCGAUUCUGAACAUCUCAUCUGCCAGUGGCUCACACCCCGUCCCAAUGUUGACCAUCUAUUCUGCAACCAAGGCUUUUGUAGAUUUCUUCUCUCGGUGCCUCCAUGAGGAGUAUAGGAGCAAGGGCAUCUUUGUGCAGAGUGUCCUGCCAUACUUCGUAGCUACAAAACUGGCUAAGAUCCGAAAGCCAACUUUGAAUACGCCCUCUUCGGAGACGUUUGUGAAGUCUGCAAUUAAAACAGUAGGCCUGCAAUCCCGAACCAAUGGAUACCUGAUCCAUGCUGUUAUGGGCUUGAUCAUCUCAGUCCUGCCCUCUUGGUUGUAUUUUAAAUUUAUCAUAGAUAUGAACAAGUCUACAAGGGCUCGCUAUCUGAAGAAAAUCAAGAAGAACUAAGCAUUGAUAACUCCGCUAUGACUUGGCCACAUGCUCUAGCAUAUGCAUCUUCACUGCAAGGCACCCUACUGGUCUUGAAAAUCUAAAGUUGUUGUUUCAAUAGUUAUUAAAAUGACUAAAUGUUAUCUUAAGAAGAAAACAGAAGUUACUUUUAGGGGUUAUGACAUAUAUUCUGGAUACUACCCGAAGUAAUUUUGAAGUUUAAUGUAAAUGCUCAUAUCAAAUGAAUGUAGAACGAAUAUUGUCAAGAACAGCUAAUCGGAAGGAAUACUAUCAUAGCAAAUCACAGAAUGGUAGACUCAAACACAAAACUCAGCAGUUUUAUCUGCUCCAGAAUGCCAUUGAUCAUUAUUUCUUUAUUUUCUCUGAAGCUGAUUAUAAAAAGUAAUGCCUAGCUACUCUUUUGUUUUUGACACUUUGAAGAAAUGGAGAUUAAUUGAUUUGAUUUGUUUAUAAGCAGACAUACUGCAAUUUACAAAGAUCUCUUUAAGAUUUUAUAAAAUUAUGUUCCAGUUUGUACAUUUAUAUGGAAUUGUUUGUUAUCAAGGGUAACUAAUGACAUAAAAAUAAUUGUGAAAUAUGGAGUUAUUUCUGACACAUGAAACCCACUAAACUAUGCUUUCUUGUAAUGAAUAUUUCUUCUCAGUUUAAAUGUAUGUAAAUAUCGAAGCUAUAUGGUAUGAUUUAUAAAGAUAAAUGGGCCAAAGUGUACACUAGACUGGUACCAUCUAUGGUACCACUGAAACCCUGACCCAGAAAAGUGGUCUGCUUGGACACCCAGCCUUUUUUGUUUCUGUAUUGAAUCAAUAUUGCUCACACAUGUGACACAGGCUAGUCCUAUAAAAGCAAUGACAUCAUAGAAAUGGCAUUAUACUUUUUAAAUUGAUACUCUAUAAGUAGGUACUGAUAUAAUUAGUUUUAAUAAAACAUGCUGUAACCAUGGUGUACAGCAAAAAUACAUUUCUUGAAAUUAAGGUCAUAUUUACACUGACUUAAUAUAAGACUGACUUAUAUCCUGCUUCAUAACUUAUAUGGAGAACUCACCAAGACAGAAUUCAAUACUGUGAAAUAUACAACAAGAAGACUGGCCUUUACCUACCUAGGCUGUGGUUCCUAAGCUCUGAGUUUUAAGCAUCAGUAGAUUUGUAUUAAAAAAAAAAAAAAAAA